CUCUGUCUAGAAUUCUCUCGGUUGCCGUUGAUUGCCGUGUGGAUCUAUUCCGUGUCUUUGUGUGUGUGUGUGACUUGAACUGGCGGCGACCGCACGCUACCUGGCUGGCCAAUGAUAGUACGUCAGUCCCGGUGAGGGGGAAAGCAGGGUUGUAUAUGCUAUCUGGCUGACCAAUCAAAAGACGCCAGUCAGCGCGGCUAACAACGGAGAACGCUCAGAUAACUCAUGAUACUCAGGCCCGUCAGGCUGUUGUGUUUGCAUGUGUGCUUGCAUUUUUGUUGUCCUGGAUACCUCCUUCUUUCGAGGCGUUCGCCCUCCUGGCGAGGCGUGUAUGCUUGGAAGCUUUGAGUGUGUUUGUCCUCCUGCGACCCUCAAAAUAACCUUUGGAGCAAGGAACUGUUCCCGAGGCAGUAACACACGCACACAAGUGUCGGUGUGGUUCAUGGUCGAACGAGUGCCCACAACUGCUGUCGCGAUCAACCCGCUCCUCGCCCCCAUCCUCGUCGCUUUUGCUGCGCUCGCUCCCUGCCUUUCUUGCCGGAGGAAAGGGGCUCAGUGACCACGACGAAGAUCACCCUCACUCUCACUACGGUAUCGAGAGCUUUACCUUUAGGUCGCGAACGCCCUUCCACCCCGAACGCCUCAUGGGAUUCGUGAUGGAGCACCUGCCUUCCGUCCUGCGAUCCAAGGGGUUCUUGUGGCUCGCCACGCGGAAGGAUUCCUUGGGCGUUUGGAACCAAGCGGGGGGCUCGUUCGCGACUGAGUACGGCGGCUUGUGGGACGACUUCCACGACGCGGACGAGCAGGAACGAGAGCGGCAAGGGCAGGGAAGCGGAGAGCACGGUUCCGCUGCGGCAGCGGCGACCGUCGACGACGACGGCGUGGAAGGCGGCGGCGCCAGGCGCAACGAGCUCGUGUUCAUCGGUCUCGGUAUGGACGAGAAAGUCCUGAGAGGGAAGCUGCAAAGAUGCCUGUUGUCAGAGGAGGAGAUGGCCCUUGGGUCCCAGGAGUGGGAGAGGCGGUUUUCGGACCCGUUUCCGCCUUGGGAGUAGGCCAUGAUGCGUCGCUUGGGUUGUUUGCUUGUAGCACAAACCCCGAUUGAGCGACCCGCUCAGGGUGUGGGGUUUCGGAGUAGUCAACGAACAGCGAGGGACGGCAAUUCGAGGGCUGCUCAUGGGUGAGUACCC